ACAGCGCGGCUCGGUGGAGAUCGGGUCUCCAGUACACAGACGAGAGCACCUCGGUGGCCAAGGUGAGCGCGGCGCCGCGGACCAGAGGAGUGAAGGCAGACCUUCCAGCAGCCCGAUGGCCUUCCCUAAGAAGAAACUCCAGGGUCUUGUUGCUGCCACCAUCACUCCAAUGACCGAGAAUGGAGAAAUCAACUUUCCUGUCAUUGGUCAGUAUGUGGAUUACCUGGUAAAGGAACAGGGGGUGAAGAACAUUUUCGUGAACGGCACCACGGGAGAAGGCCUGUCCCUGAGUGUCUCUGAACGUCGCCAGGUCGCGGAGGAAUGGGUUAGUCAAGGGAGGAACAAGUUGGACCAGGUGGUGAUUCACGUGGGAGCACUAAACUUGAAGGAGUCACAAGAACUGGCUCAACAUGCAGCAGAAAUUGGAGCUGAUGGCAUUGCUGUCAUUGCGCCUUUCUUUUUCAAGUCACAGAACAAAGAUGCCCUGAUAAGCUUCCUGAGGGAGGUGGCUGCCGCAGCCCCUACUUUGCCAUUUUAUUACUACCACAUCCCUUCAGUGACUGGGGUAAAGAUUCGUGCUGAGGAGCUGCUGGACGGGAUUCAGGAUAAGAUCCCCACCUUCCAAGGACUGAAGUUCAGUGACACUGACCUCUUAGAUUUCGGCCAGUGUGUAGAUCAGAAUCACCAACGACAGUUCGCUUUGCUGUUCGGGGUGGAUGAGCAACUGUUGAGUGCUCUGAUCCUGGGAGCAACUGGAGCAGUAGGCAGUACCUAUAACUACCUGGGAAAAAAGACAAACCAGAUGUUGGAGGCCUUUGAACAGAAGGACUUCUCUUCAGCGCUCAGUUACCAGUUUCAUAUCCAGAGAUUUAUCAACUAUGUGAUCAAGCUAGGUUUUGGAGUGUCGCAGACCAAAGCCAUCAUGACCCUGGUCUCUGGGAUUCCAAUGGGCCCACCCCGGCUUCCUCUGCAGAAAGCCACCCAGGAGUUUACUGCGAAUGCUGAGGCCAAGCUGAAGAGCCUGAAUUUCCUUUCUUUCCCUAGUUUAAAGGGCGGGAACUUGGAAGCCUGUAGCUAGUGCCUGAUAAAUCUGGGUGUGUAAGCUUAGACUUACCCAUCUUCUAUAGUACCUUCCUUUCUCAGGGACUUUUAGGUGAAUUUCAACUAAGCUUUCUUUUAGCAAAUAGAAUCCCACACCAAUCAAGAAAUAUCCAUUAUAAAUCUAAACUUUUUUGUUAUAAAGGAGCCACAAGCUGGGCGGUGGUGGCACACGCCUUUAAUCCCAGCACUUGGGAGGCAGAGGCAGGCGGAUAUCUGAGUUCAAGGCCAGCCUGGUCUACUGAGUGAGUUCCAGGACAGCCAAGGCUAUACAGAGAAACCCUGUCUCGAAAAACAAAAAACAAAAAUAAAUAAAUAAAUAAAGGAGCCACAAGCCCUAAGUCAUUCAUUUUGUAAAAUUAUUGUAGAAAAAUCUCUACUUAUACAGCUGCAAUGGAACCAAGUGAAAAUUAAUUAGUUAAAUUAAUUGAUAUAAUUCAUAUUACUAUAUUAAAUGCUAUACUAGUUAUGUUAUUGCUGAAUAAAUUUCAUCUGUCUUUUGGGAACA